GGCUCCAUCCCCGUCCGCUCCAUCCUCCUCUUCCUCCCCACCCUCCUCCUCCUCUUCCUCCCCACCCUCCUCCUCCUCCUCCUCUCCCGAUGGGCCCCCCCGGCCCGGCCACGCGGCUCCUGCCCCCCCUCGUUCUGGCGCUCGCAGGGGUCGCCCGGGGCACCUUCACGGUGGCGGCGUGGCCGCGGGUGGCCGUGGUGGCCUUCGGGGGCUCGGUCAGCGUCAACUGCAGCCGCAGCGCCUGCCCGGGGGGCGACAACGCCACGCUGGGGCUGGAGACCCCCGUGCCCGCGACCCCCGGGCCCGCGGGGCUCCGCUGGCAAAGCUUCAGCCUCCGGAACGUGUCCCGGUGGAGCCCCGGGCCCGUCACCUGCACCGGCCGCUGCGGCGACACCGAGGCCAACGCCAGCACCGGCGUCCUGGUCUACCAGCUGCCGGAGCGGGUGGAGCUGGAGCCGGUGGCCCCGGUGGCGGAGGGGGACAGCCGGACCCUGACGUGCCGCGUGCUGGAGGUGGCCCCGCUGCGGAACCUGACGGUGACGCUGCGCCGCGGCACCGAAACGCUGCGCACCGAGAGCUUCGGCGACGCCGAGGGCAGCGCCACCGUGGCCGUGAGCCACCGGCUGACCGCCACCCGCGGGGACCACGGCCAGCGCGUCACCUGCCACGCCGAGCUGUCCCUGCGGCCGCACGGGCCCCUCUUCGCCCGCGCCGCCGUCCCGGUCACGCUCUCGGUGUUCGCUCUCCCGGAGCCGCCGCAGCUCCGGGUCCCCGCCAUCCUCGAGGUUGGCACCGUGACCGCCGCCAGCUGCCGCGUCACCGGCGCCUUCCCCGCCGGCGACAUCCGCGUCACCGCCGCGCUGGACCGGGAGCCGCUGAACGUCACGGCGGAGGUGACCGGGGACACGGUGACGGCCAGCACCGAGCUGGCCCCGCGCAGCCCGGGCCCGCGGGAGCUCAGCUGCACGGCCGCGGUGGCCACGGCGGCGCGGACGGCGCGGAGGCGGCUCCACGUUUACCGAUUGCCGGUGCCCGCCCUGGAGCUGAGCCCGGCCCCGGUGGCGGCGGGCGGGGAGGUGACGGUGACGUGCCGCUCCGGUGCCACCGAGCCGCCGGCGGCGCGGCUGCAGCUCCGCGAUGCCGACGGCGGCGUCCUGGCCGAGGGGCCGCAGCCGCGGCUGCAGCUCCGGUUGGUGGCUCGGCGCGACGACGACGGGCGGGAAUUCCGGUGCCGGGCCAGCCUGGCGGUCGGUGACACGGCGGUGACAAAGGAGGCGGGGGCGCGGCUGGCGGUGCUCUACCACCCCGAGAUCCCGGCCAGCGGCUGCCCCCCCACCCGCACCUGGCUGCGGGGCUCGCUGGCGGCGCUGUCCUGCCGCGCCACCGGGAACCCCGAGCCCACCGUCACCUGCGGCCGCCGCGGGGGCCCCGCGGGCAGCACCGAGCCCCGGCCGGUGACCCGGGCCCGGGCGGGCACCUACGUGUGCAACGCCACCAACGCGCUGGGCACGCGCAGCCGCCGCGUCACCGUCCGCGUGGAGUACGAGCCCACGCUGGCCGAGUCGGGGUGCCCGGCGCACCGGGUCUGGGUGGAGGGCGAGCGGCGGGAGCUGCGGUGCCGCGCCGACGGGGAGCCCGCGCCCAGCACACGCUGUGCCCGCCACCGGGACAGCCGCCACGGUGGCACCCGGGAUGGUGGCACCCGGGAUGGUGGCACCCGUGAGAGUGACAUCCAUGAGAGUGGCACCCAUGAGAGUGGCACCCAUGAGAGUGGCACCCGUGAGAGUGACAUCCAUGAGAGUGGCACCCAUGAGAGUGACACCCAUGAUGGUGGCACCCACAACAGUGGCACCCAUGAUGGUGGCACCCAUGAGAGUGACACCCGUGACAGUGACACCCAUGAGAGUGACACCCAUGAGAGUGGCACCCAUGAGAGUGGCACCCAUGAGGGUGACACCCAUGACAGUGGCACCCGUGAUGGUGGCACCCACCACGGUGGCACCCAUGAAGGUGACACCCACAACAGUGACACCCACCACAGUGGGGUCACCUACAACAGUGGCACCCGUGAUGGUGGCACCCACGACAGUGACACCCACGACAGUGACACCCACGACAGUGACACCCACAAUGGUGACAGCCACGACAGUGACACCCAUGAUGGUGACACCCGUGACAGUGACACCCACAACAAUGACACCCACGACAGUGACACCCACCACGGUGGCACCCACGUGGUCACCCGGGCCGACGGUGGCCGCUACGUGUGCCGGGCCACCAACCGGCACGGGGUGGCCGUGAGGAGCGUCCUGGUCACCGUGGAGUACCGGCCGAGCCUCGGUGAGCGCGGCUGCCCCGAGCGGCGCCGGUGGCUGGAGGGGAGCCCGGCCGAGCUGCGCUGCGCCGCCACCGGGAACCCCCCGCCCCGCGUCACCUGCGCCAAGCUGGGCGGCGGCCGCGACCCCCCCGACAACGCCACCGAACCGGGAGACCCCCGGGACCCCCCCCGGGCCACCCCCAACGUCACCCGCGCCCACGCGGGCACCUACCGGUGCCGGGCCACCAACGCGCACGGUUCCGCCGUCCGCGACGUCACCGUGGCCGUGGAGUACGGCCCCGCCGGUGUCACCGUGCGCGUCUUGCCCUCCGCCAACGUCACCCGCGGCGGCGGUUUCACGGUGGAGUGCGGCGCCGAGGGGCUCCCGGUGCCCACCUACACCUGGGCGCUGCCCCCCGCCCCCAACCUGCGCCUGGCCGCCGACAACCGCUCGGUCACGGUUACCGGAGCCACCGCGGCCAACCGGGGCCUUUACACCUGCACGGCGAGCAACCGGCACGGCCGGCGGGCCGGGAGCGUCGUGGUGCGGGUGGACGAGAGGCGGCCGGUGGUGCUGGCGGCGCUGGGAGCGCUGGGCGCGGUGGCCGCGCUGGGACUGGCGGUGGCCGGUGGUCUCUACGUGAAAAGCAGCGCCGGUAAAACCGGAGAGUACAACGUGCGGGACGCCGAGGGCUCCUCCGAGGCCGCGCGUCUGCACCGGCACCGCGACACCGGCACCGAGGUGUUCGGGAUCCAGCUGCCGCAGCCGUGAUCGGCACCGGGACCGCUCCUCCCCGGCCCCGGCGGGUUUUGGGGCGGUUUUGGGGCGUUUUUGGGGGUUUGGGAGUGUGAGGGUGCCAAGGAUGCCGCUGGAGGUGCCCGGUGGUACCGGGACAACAACGGGGAGGAUUUUGGCAACCGGAUCGCCUGAUCGGCACCGGCACCGGCACCGGGACCGUCCCCGUGGGGUUUUGGG